CCGCCUCCCCGCCGCUGGCCCGUGUCCCGCCGGCCGCCCCGCAGCCCGGUGCAUGUGCGGCAACAACAUGUCGGCUCCUCUGCCUGCCAUCGUCCCGGCCGCCAGGAAGGCGACGGCCGCCGUCAUUUUUCUUCACGGAUUAGGAGAUACCGGGCAUGGAUGGUCAGAAGCGCUUGCUGGUAUCAAAAGCCCCCACGUGAAAUACAUUUGCCCACAUGCGCCAGUUAUGCCUGUUUCUUUGAACAUGAACAUGUCUAUGCCAUCAUGGUUUGAUAUCAUUGGACUUUCUCCAGAUUCGCAGGAAGAUGAAGCUGGGAUCAAGCAGGCGGCAGAGAAUGUUAAAGCACUGAUAGAUCAAGAAGUAAAAAACGGAAUUCCUUCUAAUAGAAUUAUUCUGGGAGGCUUUUCUCAGGGAGGUGCUUUAUCAUUGUAUACAGCUCUUACAACACAUCAAAAAUUAGCAGGUGUCGUAGCCCUCAGCUGUUGGCUUCCUCUACGGGCCUCUUUUCCUCAGGGUCCCAUCAGUGGUGCCAACAAGGAUAUUGCUGUUCUUCAGUGCCAUGGGGACUGUGACCCCCUGGUUCCUGUAAUGUUUGGUUCCCUCACUGUUGAGAAGCUGAAGACUAUGAUAAAUCCAGCCAAUGUAACCUUCAAGACUUACUCUGGCAUGAUGCAUAGUUCAUCUCUUGAGGAAAUGAUGGAUGUAAAACAGUUCAUAGACAGCCAUCUACCUCCCAUAGACUGAACUGAUCUGUGAGAAGCCUUCUAUAUAAAUACACCAGCAUCAACUGUGGUAGAGUGUUAAAUUUUUUCAUAUGCCUGAUAGGAAACAUUAUUUCUAUACCUGCAGUGUUACUACUGUGUUGCAAAUUUGUACUUACAAUGAAGGUUAAAUAAUACACAUGUACAAGAAAUUAUAAUCUUUUUAGUAUUUAUCACCCAGUGGUGGGAAGGAUGUGAAUGAGGGAACUAGGUAACAAUGACAGAAUGUAACUAUUUUAAGAUGUCUGAUUUUUUUUUUUUCUUGAUUGCAGAAUUUCAAACUAUUUGUACAAGUAAUAAAAAACUAAAUUUAAGUGAACAACAUAGAUGUGACCAGUUCAGUUUUACUGGAGACAUGAUUGGUUCUUAAUACUCAUUGAAAACAUAUGACAUUUCUUUUUUGUAAUGGAUGCAUAAAGAACACAAUAUAAAACAUAGUGGGCAUAAAGUACAGAAAAUGUAAUGUAGUGGGCAUAUGAUGGUAGAAUAAAUGCUACCAAGGAUAAAGCUUUAAGGAUUACAUGUUAAUUGUUUAACAGAUAAGGAGGGUUGUUCUGUAAUGGCUAGAAGUCAGCAAAGGUAUUUCUUAUAUUUAAACCAGCUCCAUUUAAAAAGGCUGAUAUAGAUGUGGAAAUUCUAAAGGGACUCAUUCCUUACUAGACUGUUGUUUGUUGCUUCAUGUCUUUUUUCUUUUAAACUCAUUGCAAAUGUUGACUUGGAACAGAAUUCUGAAGAAAUGCAUAGGAUUAAUUUGAGUUUCAUGUAGAAACUUCUUGUUUUCAUACUGAAUAUUCACCUGAUGCUUUAGUUGUUGUAGUUUUCAUUUGUUUAUGUAUUUUACAGGAGCAGAAUAUUAUUUUGGUUUUUUUCUCUGUGCUUUGGAGUAAAUAACUGAAAAUAAUGCAGCUACAUAGUUCUGUGUAUUGUUGAACUGUCAUGUGUAACACACACUUAUUUGAAUUAUUUUUUACUAGAAAUGUAAGUGCAAUUGGGAUAUAACUUACCUAAACUUUAAAGUGAUACUUUUAGAUGAUACCAUAUAAUACUUUCUCUUAUUACAUGUUGAGACUUGAUUUUUUUUUCCUGAAUAGGAACAAAGCAUUUGAUUUUCAAAUCUAUCCUUCUACAUUUCCCCAGAUCAGUAUAGCCUAGGAAUCUGAAGACCUAUCCUGGAAAAAAUGAGUACAUCUACAAGACACAGAAUGUUUCUUCUUUCAGAACUUUAAAAUUGUAGAAUGCACUGGUUUGCAGGAGUUGAUGCACACUCAAUAGCUUUUUUCAGUUGAGAGCCAUAAUUUACUGCUGGAAACAGCUGUUCUAGAGCGUUCAGAGGCUGUCACCACACUAAGAAUGUUUAAAACAAUGCACUACACUUUUUACUGCAUAAUUUGCUGCAUAAUAAUGUUCUGUGCUGUAAUAUGCUUUGAGUCAAAGAAUAUUUCUAUUUUGGAUGUAUUUGUCAUGUCAGUACUGUGCUUCACACCUGCAUUUAAGGUACUUUUCCUCUCCCAGGGGUCCUCUUAUAGUGUAUGUGGAUUUACAUCAGGUAUCUGCCAGUACAAAUACAUAUGUGAGGAAUUGCACCUUUAUAUCUCUCCUUUAACAUUGCUGCUGCCAGAGAUCUGACCUAUUUACCUAGUCUGAGUUACCAGUUUCAGUGCUUUUUUUUGAAUGUUGCACUUCAUUUUUAGGCAGCUGCUUCUUUUCUAAUUCAGUUUCUCUGGAUGAUUAUACACUCGUAAUAUGUAAAAUUGAAAAGGAUUUUUUUUUCCUAAAUGGUAAUGAAACAGUUUUAGAUAUUCCAUCUGUGUACUUAAGAAGGCAUUUUUAUUAACUUUGAAGUUUAAUUAGUAAUUUCUCUCAGUCAUUCUCUUCUAUAGAUCUGCCAAUUUGUUCUUUCAGUUAAUUUAGUUCACAGAAUAAGCCAUAAUAUUCUUACUGUAGUUGUGCCAAAGUUCUCUUGAGAAAACAUUAUGUCCUAGCUUGGAGUCAUUCCCAAAUUGCAUUAGCUGAUUUUGCAAUUCUACUGAAUUGCAGUCUUGGUAAGCAAACUAUAUGUUAUUUUUCAUGUAGUUUUUAGAUUUAUUUUCAUUCCCCUGUGGUCUAAAUAAUUCCCUGAGUAUUGGUGUGUUUCCAAAAUUCUUGCACAAGCUUCUAAUUUUUCUUUCAUUAUUUUUAUGUUCUGUUUGUAGAUUUGUUGAUAACUCUUAACUUCUAAUUGACUGUGGGCUCAAUUCACGUAUUUUUCCUUCUGCAAUAAUUAGUUUUUAAACAGUAUUUCUAAGAUGUUAAAAUGAGAUUUGCCCUAGCUUCCUUCUGUGUUAGCUUCAUAACACUUUUUUCAACUUGGUGAACUGUGUUUACAGUUUGUGGUCACAUUCUAAUACUUAGACACUCUAAUCCAAGUCAACUGUCACUGUCACAAUGCUUUCAGAUGUUUUUCUGGAAAUGCUUUUUAUGUGUUAACUUUGUUCAGACAUUCAGCUAUCAUAACAAGAUUCUUUUAUAUAUUGUUGUUUUGCUUUACCUACAAAGAGCUUUGUUACCAAAGUCAAUGUAAGUAAAUGUUUUGACUUACUUUGAAUUUCUGUAUCCUAGGAAGAAUUCUCCUGAUUCUUUUUUUUUCAGGAGUGUAUGUUUAUAUUGUAGUUGGCAGCUUCAAGUCUGUGUGUGUGUCCACCCAUAUUACACUGUUAUGUUGAGCUCCUGUCUUUUGUAACUUCCCAGCUGGUUUGAAAGCUUUGUGUAUAAUCUUGUAGCUGAACUUCACUACCUGAAGUAAUUUGAUGCUGGGAUUGUUGUUAUAAUGCAUAUAUUUGAGGCUGAAUAAUUGCUCAGUCUGAUGGGGGAGUUUUCAUAUUUCAUUCUAUUAAAAUGGAGAAGUUGGACUGACAGUGUUCUAAAUAUGAAUGUCCUAUCCUCAUAAACUACAAUUUGAAACUGUCCAAUAAUGUUUAUUUUUUGUAAUGUUAGACUUUCCACCAACAGAGAUGAUGUCUAUCAAACCUGUGAAAGCAUUGAUAAGAAAAUACCUUGCUUGCAGAUCAGUUUGUUUCAAUGGGUAUCAAACUCCUUAAUGUGUUCUUAAUUUCAAAAUGGUACUUAAAUUUGACUGCAAUUUUGUGCUGUCAGAAGUCUGACUUCUUGUUGGAAUAUGCUGCCCACUUUUGAAUAAACAUGUUGAAUUGCAUACUUUAAGCCAAAUCUUCCAGCUAUUUUUGAGGUAGAAUUUUAAUGAGAUCUUUACUGUGGUGAGGGCUGUAUGAUUUGGUCUCUUUGUCCUAUCUUGUAUAAUUACAACACAGCAGAUUGAUAAAAGUACUGUACACUGUAACUGGUAUUAGAACUAUUAAUUAAAAUAUGUUCUCUCUAA